AUGCCAGUGGUGACGGGGGCGACUUUGAGGGAGACAAGAAUGCUGGCACUGGAACUGGCGAAGAAGGUGGCAGCCAUGGAAGCUGCUCUUGAGGAGAAGGAGAAGGAGCAGGAUAACAAAAGAAAGGCUGCCUAUGAGAGGUUCAAGGCCAAGCAAGCUGCUCAGGCAGCGAAACGGUGCAAAGAGAUGGAGCCGGCCUGCAAAGCCAAAGGUGUGGUGGUCCCACCCCGGAACAUGCAGAAGACGACCAUGGAGAAGACAGGCCAGGAAGCAUGGCGGGUGAUGGAGGUUCGCAGAGGCGAGGAUGCCAAGGCUCGCAAGGCUGCGAAGGAGAAGGCCAUGCAGGAGGAGGCCAAGCGGGAUGUGGAGGCGCGCAGGGCCGAGGCACGGCGAGCUAUGGAGGCACACGGCUGCGGAUGCCCGGCGGCAUCUAUGGAGGCCAAGAGGGCCAUGCAAGCCAGGCGGGCUGUGGAGGUGCACUGGGCCAUGGAGUGCAAGAAGGCGGAGGAGGCCCGGCGGGCCGUGGAGGCGCACUGGGCCAUGGAGGCCAAGAAGGCGGAGGAGGCCCGGCGGGCCAUGGAGGCGCAGGCCAUGGAGGCCAAGAAGGCGGAGGAGGCCCGGCGGGCAAUGGAGGCGCAGGCCAUGGAGGCCAGAAGGGCGGAGGAGGCUCGGCGGGCGAAGAAGGCGGAGGAGGCCCGGCGGGCCAUGGAGGCGCAGGCCAUGGAGGCCAAGAAGGCGGAGGAGGCUCGGCGGGCGAAGAAGGCGGAGGAGGCCCGGCGGGCCAUGGAGGCGCAGGCCAUGGAGGCCAAGAAGGCGGAGGAGGCCCGGCGGGCCAUGGAGGCGCAGGCCAUGGAGGCCAAGAAGGCGGAGCAGGCCCGGCGCGCCAUGGAGGCGCAGGCCGUGGAGGCCAAGAAGGCCAAGGCGGAGCAGGCCCGGUGGGCUAUGGAGGCGGAUGUGGCCAUGGAAGCCAAGAGGGCCAACGAUGUGUCCCUGGAGGAGGUUGAGGUUGAAAGCAUCAACUCGGAUGGCACCGACUUCUCGCAGAACCUUGAGAACUCGUACGUGGAGGUGGAGGUGGAUGCUGAGCUGGACUGGAACGGGGACAUCCACAUGAGCAACCGCGACGCGCUCACCAUGAAGGUGAUUGAGGUGCUCUCCAUGGACACGGUCAGCAUCAUGGAUGCCUUCCCAGGCAUGUCUGAGCGGGACUUUGAUCUCUGGCGGCAUUGCCGCUUCCAGGGACCAGUGGAGCUAUCAUUCUGCUCAGACGACGAGGCCUUUGCGGACAGCGUGGCGAAUCCGGCCGCAGCAGCUGAGUUUCAGAAGCUGCCCAACAAGCGGCGCAAGGUGAAGGACGGUGAUGCAUUUACAGGUGGCAUGGGCGGGAUGGAGAUCGUUAAGCUUCACCUGGAGAAGUCCAUUGAGUACUGGGCCAGGGAGAAGAACAAGAAGUUGCUUGUUGAUGGCAUGCCCUUUAUUUCUGGCACUUCAUUCCACGCGGUGGACUUGGACCCUGUUUGCCAGGAGACCAUCACGUCGCAGCCAUUCCCGCCGCUGCAUGUCUUUUCAGACAUGGUCCUGCUGCUUGUUCCAUCGGCCCGAGUUGCAGUAUUGAAAACAAUGGAGCAACAUCGGGAUGCAAUUCAAGCUGACCUGGCCACAUGUUCAUCUCGGACCGCCGCACAAGACGAUAAGGACGGCGCAAAGGCGGCCAUUCGUGAGAAAGGUGAACACGUGCUUGAAUCAUUGCUGCAGGCGAUGGACCCGUUCGACCCGUUGUUUGUGGAGGUCGCAGACUGUACCAAACAUGACGGAGCCAAGUGUGAUGUUCUGCCAGCGCAAGCCGACCUUGACGCGGCCCUGAGCUUCAUGAUGGCAGGCACUAGCUGUGUUGACUGGAGCAGCAUGGGCGGAUCUCUGACCCUCGCGGGGUGGACAGUUUUGCCAUUCGCAAUCCAGUUGAAGUUGGUGCAGCGGAUUCGCCCGACGGUGUUCUUCCACGUCCAAGCCGAGUUGGCCAGACUUUGCGCCAAGCAGAAGCAGUCGAAGGGCAGCUUCUACGACGCUUUGCCACCCUCGUGCAAGGCAGCUUGGGCCGCUUGCUGUUGCUAG